GCCUUGGGUCAGCCAUCAAAGACUGGAAACGACUGAUGCAGAGAGCGGAAGCCGCUGAAACCGAGUUGACGGCGACUAAAAACGCUCUGGCGGCAGUACCGCAGCAGGCGAAAACCGGAGCACCUCCCGGUAGAAGUACCAAGGUGAAGGGAAAGCAAGUUGGGACGGAAACUACUCCAGCAUCCACCCCAAAGAGAACCAGAUCAUCACCUGGCGACGAAGGGUUGGCAGCACACAAAAAACAAAAGAAUGUGGAUGCCAGACCGGUGAACGAAGCGAUUACCGGCGGAAAUGAAGACACCCCAUGGCGUGAGGUCCGGAACAGGAAGGACAGAAACAGAAAGGAUGGCGCCAAAACGAAAAAACCUAUCAGAAGGAGAAAGAAAGGUGAAGCGGUCAUCGUGAAAACCAGCGAAGACACGUACGCCCAAGUUUUGCGGGCCAUGAGGACGGAUCCGCAACUCCAGGAGUUUGGUGCUGACGUCCAGAAGAUCAGGCGAACCCAGGCAGGAGACAUGAUCUUCGAGUUGAAAAAAAGACUCGAAAAACAGAAGCUCAGCGUACAAAGAGCUAACGGAGAGAGUAAUGGGUGAAAAGGUUCAAGUGAAAGCUAUGUGCCCCAAAGCGACGAUUCAAUGCAAGGAUCUGGACGGGAUUACCACCGAAGAGGAAGUGAUAAUCGCCAUGCGGGAGCAAUGCGAUUUGGAAGGUGUGGGGAUAUCUGUACGCCUGAGAAGAGGACCGUUCGGAACGCAGGCAGCGUCGAUAAAACUCCCAGUAGAAGCAGCCAACAAAGCGAUCAAAGUCGGCUGUUCAGUAUGCUCACUGAGGUUGUCCCAUCGACCGGAAGGGUGCUACAGGUGCCUGGAACACGGCCACCUGGCGCGGAAUUGCAAAGGAAUCGACAGAAGUAAGCUAUGCAGGUGGUGCGGUCAGGAAGGGCACAAGGCGCAAGACUGCAAAAACGAGCAAAGAUGUCUGUUUUGUGUUGACAAAAGCCGCAACAGACAUGCGACGGGAGGGCCUAGAUGUCCGGCCUUUCAGCAGACGCCAGGUGCUAAACCACAGUGGAGGUAACUCAACUAAACGUCAACCACUGUGACACAGCACAACAAUUGCUGUGGCAAUCUGUAUCGGAGUCGAAGUGCGAUGUGGCUAUCCUCUCUGAGCCGUAUCACAUACCAGUUGGAGACGGUAACUGGAUCGCAGACAAAGCGAAGACAGCUGCCAUUUGGACGAUGGGGAAGUACCCCAUCCAGGAACUAGUGUUUCAGGCAAACGAAGGCUUCGUGAUUGCCAAAAUCAACGGAGUUUUUGUUUGUAGCUGCUACACACCCCCUCGAUGAACGAUUCAACCAGAUGCUAGACGAGCUAACCGACGAGCUGUCCGACCGAAAACCGGUCAUAAUCGCCGGGGACUUUAACGCCUGGGCGGUUGAGUGGGGCUGCCGCCUCACCAAUCAAAGAGGGCUUGCCUUGCUAGAAGCGCUAGCAAAGCUCGACGUGCACUUGGCCAACGAAAGAAGCAGGUCGAGAAUCCAUAAUCGACGUCACCUUCUGUAGUCCCGUGUUAACGCGAAACAUGAACUGGAGAGUUUGCGACGGAUACACUCACAGCGACCACCAGGAAGUUUGGUACAGCAUUGGAGUAUAACCACGGAGUACACUAGCUGGCAGACAUCCUCGCGAUCGAAUGUGGAAGACGAAGCAGUUCAACAAGGAGCUUUUCAUCGAAGCUAUCAGAAGAGAAGACCCGGGGUCGAAUUUGAGGCCGGAAGAAUUAACGGCAGCGCUGGUGCGAGCGUGUGACACAACCAUGCCAAGGAAGUUCGAGCCGCACAACAGACGUCGUCCGGCAUACUGGUGGAGUGAGGCGCUUCGUGACCUCCGUGCAAAAUGCCUCAAAGCCAGAAGGCGGAUGCAACGAGCUAAAACCGACGGCGAGAGAGCAGAACGCAGAGUAGUGCUGAGGGCCGCGAGCCGCUUUGAAGGAGGAAAUUAGGCGCAGCAAGAAAUCAAGCUUCAAGGAGUUAUGCCGUGAUGCCGAUACAAAUCCGUGGGGAGACGCAUACAGAGUGGUGAUGGCCAAAAUCAGAGGUCCUGCGGUACCCACUAAAACAUGUCCAGAAAAGCUGAGAGUGAUUAUCGAAGGGUUGUUCCCUCAACACGAGCCUACGAUUUGGCCACCUACACCAUACGACCAUGCAGGAGAGGAGAGAGUGAGCAUCACCAACGACGAGCUCAUAGCAGUGGCCAAGAAAAUGAAGGUGAAGUAAGCCCCCGGACCAGAUGGGAUCCCCAACGUAGCGUUGAAAACAGCUAUUGAGUUAAUCCAGAUAUGUUCCGGACGUCACUUCAAAUCUGCCUGGAUGAUGGACAUUUUCCGUCCCAGUGGAAAAGGCAAAAACUGGUGCUACUACCGAAGCCAGGCAAGCCUCAGGAGGCUUCCGGCCGAUAUGUUUGCUGGAUACGCUCGGUAAGCUGCUGGAGAACGUCAUCCUUAACAGGCUGGCGCCAUUUACAGAACGGGAGCAGGGACUUUCGAAGAUGCAAUGCGGAUUUCGAAGAGGGAAAUCUUCGAUAGAUGCCAUACGAACGGUUUUUGAUACUGCCGAUAAAGCAAGGAGGAAAACGCGACGGGGUAACCGCUUCUGUGCCGUCGUCACAAUCGAUGUGGAGAACGCAUUCAACAGCGCAAGCUGGGAAGCCAUCGCUGCAGCGCUGCACGAGAUGAAGGUUCCUGACUACCUCUGCAGAAUUUUCAGUAGCUACUUCGACAACCGGACUGUUACCGGUACCGUUGAGAUGGGCACCCUAUCCCAACCGGUCCGACCGCAUGACUGAUUAACACGUCAUGCCUCAUCGAUGCGAUGGAACAAAAACAAACACGAUUACCAUUAGUAUACAGCGUGAAGAAUUUCGGCUUACUAUUUUACUAUUUUUUCUUAUAAUUAUACCUUAUAACGAACAGUUAGUGCUUAAAACUAGUUUGUUCAUCCAAUUAUCAACUAGUAGAGGUAAGAACGUUGAACUUAUAGCUAAACUUAAACUGUAAAUUAUAAAACUAUUCCAAUGUCAAAUCACAAUCGAUGUGGAGAACGCAUUCAACAGCGCAAGCUGGGAAGCCAUCGCUGCAGCGCUGCACGAGAUGAAGGUUCCUGACUACUUCUGCAGGAUUCUCAGUAGCUACUUCGACAACCGGACUGUUACCGGUACCGUCGAGAUGGGCACCCUAUCCCAACCGGUCCGACCGCAUGACUGAUUAACACGUCAUGCCUCAUCGAUGCGAUGGAACAAAAACAAACACGAUUACCAUUAGUAUACAGCGUGAAGAAUUUCGGCUUACUAUUUUACUAUUUUUUCUUAUAAUUAUACCUUAUAACGAACAGUUAGUGCUUAAAACUAGUUUGUUCAUCCAAUUAUCAACUAGUAGAGGAGCUAAGUCUAACCUUGAAGUUGGACAGAGAAAUAGAAGGGUCUAGAACACUAAGGACCACUGAAAAGUAAGUUGUUAGUUUAAGAAAAUUAAAUAAUUGAACUAAUUUAAACUACGUUACAGUUUUGAAGCAUCAAUAAACUAGCUACAAACAUCAGUGUGUAGCCCUUUGUUUCCUGUCGCAACAGUUCUUCAAAAUUUUCAUCCGAGAUGAGUCAUCAUCCCGAAACGAGCAAGAAGUAUGGAUGCGGUGGAUGUGACCGGCCAGACGAAGCGGACAACCUGAUCCAAUGCGUCGCCUGUGAUGCGUGGUGGCACUUCAGUUGUGCCGGCGUUACGGGAUCAAUUACCGAUCGUUCGUGGAUGUGCACCCGCUGUAAACGCACCUCUCGCGCUUCCUCCAGAGCCAGUGUCGCUAGUCGAUCGUCUUCGCAACUAGCGGAAAGUAUGGCACGGCUGCGUGAACGCCAAGAGUUGCAGAAACAACGCACAGAGGUGGAAAUGGAAAAGAAAUUCCUCGAGGAGCAACGAAAGCUGCUGGAAGCAUCGAUUGCCGCCGAAGAGGAGAGAAGAAGCCAGGUGAGUUGUACGAAUAGCCGAAGGAGAGUCCAAGAUUGGAUCGAGAACAGCGCGGACCAGACAACGAGCGCGGCGGAGGGAAAUCGCCAGCCAGUGGUUCAGCAGCACGAAACUCAUCCACAUCAGGGGAAUUCGGAUUACGCGGCGGCGGCAGGUAAUUUGGACAUCCAGCUGCAUAGCUCCCCUCUUCGUGAUCGAACAAUCCCUGCAUUCGAGACCACUGAAGACUUUAGCGAUCUCCAACCACUGCCGGAGGUGAUCAACCAGCACAAUGCCAGGGACCUAAUCCGUGAAUUACGCGUGAGACUGGAGCGGUGCUUACUGCAGUCGGAGCCAACAUCACCUCAAUUGGCGGACCUGCAGCAACAGCUGCAGCUAUGCAGAGAGGAAAUCGAAGGAAUGCAUUUUACUGUGCACCGUUUAGCGACUGCGUCGACGCCAGCGGCCCAAACGGACAACAUGGGAACAGCGGUAAGCAGUAACGACAGGCUAGUACAACCAGCUGAAUCGCUAGGUGCCAUCCCAAAGCACCGGCCGAACGAGUUCCUUCAAGGUAAGUGUCAUGCCUCCGAAAACCAAACCGAAAGAAUACACGAAAACAAUCUCUCUCAACUGAAGUCAUAUCCAACCAUGCAAAAUCCCCCCCAUGAGCAGCAGCGUAUAACCCACGCGCGCUCUAAUGCAAUGAAUAACGAGCAAUCGACUGUUACCCAACACACUCCUUUCCCCCCUGCAAUAACCCAAGUACCACACCUACAACAGUAUGCUUUCGGGUACCAACCCCCAGUGCAACAAGAAUUAGUGCUUCCGCCCCUAGUGCAGCAGCCAACAGUGCAGCAAUCAGCUAUGCAGCAACCUCCAGUGCAGCAGCAUGCAGAGAGUCAGCAUCCAGUGCAGCAGCCACCAGUACAGGAGCCGUUGUUGCAGUCACGUACGGGGCAGCAAUCCGCAAUGCAGGAGCCACCGGUGCAGCAGUAUAUAGAGCAACAGCCUCCAGUGCAGCAGCCGCCGUUAGUGCAGCAGCUCGCUGUGCAGCAGUCAAAGAUGCAGCAGCCGUUGGUGCAGCAGAUAGAUCGUCAAUCUCAAGUGCAGCAGUAUGCAGCGCAACAGCUUCCAGUGCAGCAGCCUUCGGAGCGGCAACCCGUGAUGCAGCAGCCGUCAAUGCAGCAGCUAAUCGAGUGUCAGCGUCCAGUGCAGCAGCGGGAGCCUUUGGUGCAGCCGCGUAUAGUGCAGCAGUCUCAAGUGCAGCAGUAUCCAGCGCAACCGUUUCCAGUGCAGCAGCCUUCGGAGCGGCAAUCCACGAUGCAGCAGCCGUCAGUGCAGCAGCAUAUCGAAUGUCCGCGUCCAGUGCAGCAGCCUUUGGUGCAGCCGCGUAUAGUACAGCAGCCUCAAGUUCGUCAGUAUCAAGUCCCUCAGUAUUCAGAGCAGCAGCCUUCGGUGCAGCAGUCUGCGAUGCAGCAGCCGUCAGUGCAGGAGCAUGUAGAACGUCAUCAUCCAGUGCCACAGCCAUCAGUGCAGCGAGGUCAAAUCCAACAGCCAAUGCAGCUGGCGCAGCCACCGUCAAUGCAGCAGCCGCUGAUGCAGCCAUCUUCACUUCAACAGCAGUCAGAGCGUUGGCCGUCAGUGCAGGCACGUCCGGUGCAACAGCAUCCAGUCCAGCAGUAUGCAGAGCAGCCAAAUCUGCUGCCACAAUUUCCAAUGUGGGCAUCACCGGUACAACAGCUUUCAACGCAGCAGCCUUUGAGGCAGCAACAUCCUGUCGGUACUCCGCCAAUAUCAUCUGAAGGUGCGGCACCAGACGUGAACGGGCAGGAGAGGAGAGUAGACGAACUGCCAACGCCGCAACAGCUAACCUCUCGUCAAUCUUUAGCACGAGAUCUGCCUACGUUUUCUGGGGAUCCAGCCGAAUGGCCGAUAUUUAUCUCCAACUUCGAGUACACGACAAGAACAUGCGGGUAUACAAACGGAGAAAACAUGGUGCGCCUAGAAAGAUGCUUGCGAGGACAUGCAUUAGAAAGUGUGCGCAGUCGCUUAGUCUUUCCAGCUGCCGUACCUCAAGUGAUAGAGACGUUGCGGAUGAGAUAUGGUCGUCCGGAGUUGCUUAUCAACGUUUUGUUGCAGAAGGUGAAAGCUAUGCCCAGUAUUCGGGGGACAAGUUGGAAGCCCUCAUUGAGUUCGGGAUGGCGGUUCAAGAACUGUGUGACCACAUCGAUGCGGCGGAUGAAAGAGCGCAUUUGUCGAACCCCACUCUUCUGCAGGAACUCAUUGGAAAGUUGCCCUCAGAUCAGAAGCUGAUGUGGGCAGGUUUUAAGCGCGGCCGUCCGGGAGUGGAUCUAAAGACAUUCAGCGAGUAUAUGGUCGGCGUUAUGCAAGAUGCUUCAAGUGUGGUGCUCUUCGAACAGGAUUCACGGAAGAUCGGGACCAGAGAGAAGA